UUCACUCCAUCAAUGUCAAGUUCACAAUUCCCUGCUUCCUCUAUUAUAAAAAUUAUUGGCACCUGAACAUCAACAUCGUUGUGUUUCAAUGUCACAGCUCACGAGCGAGCAUCAAAAAAUGUUCGUGUUUUAGUGUAGAUUUAUUCUGGGAUUAAAGCCCAGUGCAGUGAAUUAAUUUGAGAUAAUCUUGCCUUGCAGUAGUUGUAUUUAGCUCACUUCAAUUAGGAGUAAUUUAGGAGUAAUUGUUUUUGUAGAUUGUUGUACGUCAGUGUUUAAAAUGGCACCCAUUCCAGCUCUUAACGUUCCAAUAGUUUGGAUUUUGGGGGGACCAGGCUCAGGUAAAGGCACCCAGUGUGAUAAAAUAGUCGAAAAAUAUGGAUUCACUCACUUAUCCAGUGGAGAUCUUCUGCGAGCAGAGACUGAGAGUGGAAGCGAAAGGGGAAAAGAACUUUCUGCGAUAAUGGAACGGGGUGAACUAGUUCCCAUGCAGAUAGUACUAGAGCUCAUUAGAAACGCUAUCGUUAAAGCCCUGCCAACCUCGAAGGGAUUCCUCAUUGACGGAUAUCCCAGAGAAAGGGACCAAGGAGUUUUGUUCGAGGAAAAUGUAGCACCCGUCAACAUGAUCAUAUUCUUCGAAGCGUCAGAACAAACUCUGACCGAUAGAUUACUGGGAAGGGCGAAGACUUCAGGAAGGGUCGACGACAACCUUGAGACGAUUAAGAAGAGGUUGAAUACCUUCAAUACCUACACCAAUGCGAUUUUGGAACACUACGCCACCAAGUUAAUCAAGAUCAAUGCAGAACGAACAACAGAUGAAAUUUUUGCCGAAGUGACAUCAGUUCUGGACACCCUGGUGGCUUGAUUUGUUAGGUUGUUAAGGUACAAGUACAAUUAGGAAAAUUCAACACCAAAUGUUAUUUUAGGCAAAAAAAGAAAUGUUUAUUUUUAAAUUAAGUAUUUAUUUAUUGCAAUUAUAUUUUUAUUCUUAAUAA